UUCCUACAAAUCAACUCCAGUGUUUUUGUUUGGGCUGAACAGUUUAGUUUGAGCUCAACUUCGCAUGUAGCCUCGGCUACAUCCAGAAGAUGCUAAUAGCAGGAGCUUGAAUGUAGAGAAGAAACAUCCUCCUUUAGCCAGACCGAGAGAUGUCUAACAACGUGGACUCAGUUUUUCCACCAGGGGAUGAGGAAGAGAAAAAGGAGCCAGUUGGUAUGGAGGCUGAGAAGGAAGAAGACGACUCUGGAACCAGAUGGAGUGAAGAACUCAGGCUGGUCCUCAUCGGAAAGACCGGAUCUGGCAAGAGUGCGUCUGGAAACACCAUCUUGGGCCGGAGGCAGUUCCUGUCACAGAUUAGUGCCAGCUCUGUCACCCAGAUUUGCGAGCAGGGGAGCACUGAGCUCGCUGAGGAAGAGGACAUGUUGGAGGAUGGCCAGGCUGUCACACAGAGGAGGGUGAGGGGAGUCGCGGUGGUUGACAUGCCAGGUUUUGGGGACACUCACCUUAGUGUGGAGCAGAUUCAUGCGGAGGUAGCCAAAUGUGUGUCUCUCUCUGCCCCGGGCCCACACGCUUUCCUCCUGGUGGUGCCAGUAGGACGUUAUACAGACAGUGAGAACCAGGCUGUCUGUGAGUUGAGCAAGAUAUUCGGGGAGGAUGCAGUCCGUCACCACACACUGGUUCUUUUUACCAGGGGUGAUGACCUAGAGGGCUUGGGGAUAGAAGAGUACCUGAGGGAGACUGCACCUGCUGGGCUUAAGGCUCUGAUUGACAGGUGUGGGGGCAGAUACCACGUGCUCAACAACAAAGACCCCAGUAACACAGUGCAGGUUAAAGAACUCUUGUUGAAGGUGGACAAGAUGGUGAAGGAGACUGACACAGGGUUUUAUACCAAUACCAUGUUUUUAGAAGCAGAGGCUGCCAUCAGGGAGGAGCAGAAAAGGAUGCUGUGGGAGCGAGGGCAGGCAGAGGGGGAGGAACAAGGGGGAAACAACGACACAAUGGAAGAACAGGCUAAACUUGCAAAACGAAGGAAGUGUGACUUGGAGUCUGACAAAACAGGGAGCAGUGAAAUAGAAUCACAAAGGCUCAGGAGGAGGCAGUUGGAGAAAGGAAAUGAAGAGGAUUUUAUGCUGGAGAGAUGGACAGAAGAGAGGGGUGCAUUUAGCUUCCUGAGGGACAGAGUGGAGAGAUGUAGGGACCAGUUCAGAAGCAGGCGUAGGGGCAGCAGCAGGGCUGUCGUCAGGCGACAGUCUCUCCGUUCAUCCUUGAUGCGGAUGAGGAGAGAGGCUGCACUGUCUGCUAAGGUGCUGGAGAGAGUAAAGAUCCUGGUGGCUGCCGGAGCCACAGGCUUGGCAGUGGGGGCAGUGUUUGGGGCAGCUGCCCCUCUAGCAGCUGCAGCCGGGGCGUCUCUUGUGGGGAACUCGGUUGGUUUUGCUGCAGGUCAGGUAGCUGGAAUAUCUGUAGUGGGAGGCACAGGUGUUGGGAAAGCUGUAGGGGCCAUAGUAGCGGCAGCCUCAGGGAAAACUGCAGUGGCUCUGGGGGUAGCAACAGGUGGAGUUGUGGGUGGUUCUGUGGGAGCCAUUGCAGGUGCUGAGGCUGCCAGUCCUGGGGAGGGCGCUCUGGAUGCUCUUGGGCAGGUUAGCAUCAUAGGGGCCUCUGCUGUGGGGGUGGCAGCAGGUAUUGGGGGCACAGUGGGAGCUGGAGCUGCUUUAGGCACAGCUCUGGGGGGAGCAGCUUCCAGCACAGCAGCCCUCAGUGGAGCUGAAACAGCAGCAGUGGGGACAGCGGGUGUAGCCAGUGCUUCUGUAGCUCAGAGUAGUUUAGCUUCAGCUGCUGGGCAGCAUGCAUUGGCCACGGUAGGAAGUGUAGGUGCAGGUACUGGGACUUCUCAGUGCACUGCAGCAGGGACAGCUCUAGUUCAGCAGGUGGCUGCUAAUGUCCCAGCAGCAGUAGCUGGGUCUGCUGGUGAUGUGUGUGGGUUAACAGGUCCCGGUGUGGCUUCAGUGGCCAGCAGGGUUGUGUCAGACCCCUGGGGCACUGUGGCAACAACAACACGCAUCCUGAAUGCAGUGGCUGAGAUAGGCAAGGCUGCAGCAGGGAUUGCCUUGGCUGGUGGUCUGGUAGUGAAAGUAGUAAAGGAAAAAGUCAGAUGUGGCACAGGAACAACAGAAGCCAAUUACUCAGAGAAGAAGUCUUAUGAGAUCUACUGGAACAAAUAAAUACAGGCUAACACUCCACUUGAUUUAUCUAAUGAAUUAUUUUCUUAGUUUCCUCUUGUCAGAUAUAUUUUUAUCACCAUGCAUAUGUAAACCACCUCAAAGAUGUACAGGUGGCAGAAUUCAGUAUCAUAUAUAACCAUAUAUAUAUAUCAUUUGUAUAAGAAAUAACCAAUUAUAAUAGAUAAAACAGAAAAUGUGAUUGCAGUUUGGGGCUGGUGAAUGAGUCCAGUGACAUUUACAAUGCUGUGUGGGAUGAUAAAGGAUAUUAGGUUCACAUUCUUGUGACACCUUUGCUUUAUUUCUUUUUUUUUAAAACUCAUUUUUUAUCUAAAUCAAUUGUUAUAAGGUUGUGAUCCAUCUUGCAGCUGGUUGGUUUGGAACCAGGUCUUAAGUCUUCGUACAGAUACAGAACAAUAUAAAAAGAGAGAGAUUUUCUGGAAAGUGUGGGUUGUCACAGUUCAGCCUUGUAAACAUUGUUAAAUGACAUGACUUUUCUAAAGGUUUAAAUUGUUUCUCUUUUGGUCUUUCUAAAGAAGAAUCACAGCACUAUAAACUAUCCGUAGGAAAUUCUCUUAAGCACUAUAUUAUUACAGUAUUUGCUGGGUGAGAUCAAUAUGUUCAAUUAAUGUAAUUUAUCUUAUUACAGAAAUGGGUAUUGAAAUGAACUGAAGGACUGAUGUAUUAAAAAGAAGCAUUUUAAAUUGCAAAAUGUUUGCACUGACAGUUGUAUUUCACAUCCUGUAAUAUGUAAACCAGACAAGAGUUUUACAGUUAUGUAUUAACAGUUUUCAACUAGUUUAAAUGUAUCAACUGACAAUCAGUGUGUUUAACUUUGUUGUAGUGAAAUGAACAAUAAAGACAGUAUUCUUCCAUGA